AUGUUUAUGGCAAGAUCAGAAUACGGUCGUCUGUUCCAGGUCGAAUACUCCCUCGAGGCCAUCAAGCUCGGCAGCACGGCUAUCGGCGUGGCGACAUCAGAGGGCGUAGUCCUAGGCGUCGAGAAGCGCGUGACGUCGACACUGCUCGAGACGUCGUCGGUCGAGAAGAUUGUCGAGAUCGACCGCCACAUCGGCUGCGCCAUGUCGGGACUGCAGGCCGACGCCCGCAGCAUGGUCGAGCACGCCCGCGUCGAGUGCCAGUCGCACGCCUUUAACUACAACGAGGACCUGCGCGUCGAGUCGUGCACCCAGGCCAUCUGCGACCUGGCCCUGCGCUUCGGCGAGAGCGCCGACGGCGAGGAGUCCAUCAUGAGCCGACCCUUUGGCGUCGCCCUGCUCAUCGCCGGGUACGAUGAGGACGGUCCCCAACUCUACCACGCCGAGCCCAGCGGAACCUUUUACCGCUACGACGCCAAGGCCAUCGGUAGCGGCUCCGAGGGUGCCCAGGCGGAGCUGCAGAACGAGUACCACAAGUCCCUGAGCAUCACUGAUGCCGAGACCCUUGUGCUCAAGACGUUGAAGCAGGUCAUGGAGGAGAAGCUGGACGCCAAGAAUGUCCAGCUGGCCAGUGUAACCAAGGAGAAGGGUUUCAGAAUAUACACAGAUGAGGAGAUGGCAACUGUCGUUGCCCGGUUACCUGCAAACUAG